CCGACGGCCCAGGACCGCAAAUCCAGAAUUCGCCUCGCUCCCUCGCCCGGGAGGCCCGUUGCGCAGUUGCUGGGAGGUUGGAGCGACUCGCCCUUCUCAGCUCCGGAGCCGCCGUUCCCUCUCUCUGAGCCAGACGUCACGCUGGGCGAGCUGCCCGACUUCACCUUUAAAAUAACCCCCGGAGGGCGUGGCUGGCAUCGCCCGGCCCAGCCCCGCAGAGUUGGCCUGGCUGGCAGCGACUCCGGUCUGUGCCUGGAGAGAGCGAGGAAGAGGGUGAGGGCAGGGCACCCUCCGGAGGAGAUGCCCGUUGAAAACCAUCCAGAGCAGCAGUAGAAACAGUUGGUGUCGCUUUGUUUUGUUUAUAAACUGACCGUUUGUUUUCUUUCCCGGCGAAAUGUUAUGUGGGUUAAAAGAAGAAAUGGCUCCCCAAGAGCUCACCCGGCGACUGGCCACAGUGACCACUCACGUCGAUGAAAUCAUGCAGCAGGAAAUCAGGCCCUUGUUGGCAGUGGAUAUAAUUGAACAACUUCACAGACAAUUUGCCAUUCUUUCAGUGUGGAGGCUGCCGGCAUCGGGUUCGUCAUUGUUAUCGACAGACGAAGGGACAAGUGGAGCUCCAUAAAAGCAUCCUUGACACGAAUAGCUGUAGCAUUUCCUGGAAACUUGCAGCUCAUAUUCAUCCUUCGUCCAUCUCGCUUUAUCCAGAGGACAAUCACUGACAUUGGAAUUAAAUACUAUCAAGAUGAAUUUAAAAUGAAAGUACCGAUCGUUAUGUUAAAUUCUGUCUCUGACCUUCAAGGCUACAUUGACAAAAGCCAACUGACAGAGGACUUAGGGGGAACUCUGGAAUAUCGCCACAGCCAGUGGAUCAGUCAUCGAACUGCCAUUGAAAACUUUGCCUUGACAUUGAAGACCACUGCCCAGAUGCUUCAGACGUUUGGGGCCCGCCUGGCCGCAACAGAGCUGCCCAGAGGCGUGCCGUCUACUGCAGAGCUGCUCAUGUCCCACACAAAGCAGCGGGACAAGCUGCAGGAUGAGCUAAAAUUACUUGGAAAUCAAGGGGCCACAUUGCUGUCAUGUAUUCAACAACCAGCAACCAAAAGUCCCACCAGGAAACUCAGUCCCAAUCAACUUGAGAAUGUAGCUACCAUGGAAAGGUUACUAGUUCAGUUGGAUGAAACAGAAAAAGCCUUUAGUCGGUUUUGGUCCAAGCACCACCUGAAGCUUAGUCAAUGCCUACAACUACAGCACUUUGAGCACAAUUUUUGUGAGGUUAAGCUUGCCCUGGACAACUUGUUGGCAGAGCAAGCAGAAUUUACAGACAUCGGAAACAGUGUGAUGCGUGUGGAGCGACUUCUUAAGGAACACAAAAAACUGGAAGGAAAAGGCCAGGCGUCCUUGGAAAAGGCCCAGCUGCUUGCAACAAUCGGGGACCAGCUCAUCCAAAGCCACCACUACGCAGCGGACUCCAUCAGGCCCAAGUGUGUGGAGCUCAGGCACCUCUGCGAUGACUUCUUCAAUGAAAACAAGAAAAAACAUGACAUUUUAGAAAAGUCUUUGGAAUUACAUAGUCAGCUGGACAAGGUCAGCCGGUGGUGUGAGGCGGGAAUCUACCUCUUGGCUUCCCAAGCUGUAGACAAGUGCCAGUCUCGAGAGGGUGUUGACGUUGCC